AUGUCUUCUUGCAAAAGCAACUGCUCGGCAAAGUUCUCCUCAGAAGUACAACGGCACGUCCUACGUCAAGAACAACAGCUUCCUCCGAACACAAAAUGGAGCACAGAAGAUCUCUUGGCUGCUGCACGAGCUCAUAUCCGCGCCGAAAGAAAGAUCAUCCAACACACGCCGAAAAGAGAAAGCGAACGUCUACCCCUGAAGAACGAGUCAAACAGGCGAACACCACAAUCAACGAAAGCCACAUUCACCUGUUUCUACUGCAAUAAGCCGGGACAUUCACCCAAGCAAUGCCAGGAUUUUCGAUCUCGAGAUGAAAGAAUUGAACUCAUAAAGAGAAAGAACCUGUGCCGCAAUUGCGGGGCGCCCGGUCAUCAAGCGACGCACUGCAGCAAAGGAGCUUGCAGGAUGUGCAACGAAAAAGGUCAUCAUACCUCUAUCUGUAAAAAGGCUACAUUCACAAAGCCUACACCAAUAACUCAAGUAAAAGGGUCUUCAAAUAGACCUCAGCCACAAGAGAAUUCGAAACCGAAAUCUCCUCGAAAGACAGUGACGACGAGGACGCAUUGUGUUUCCUCGGAGGAAGUAGACAACAGGGAGAUUACGACAGACACGGUUUUGCACGUCGGAAACAGCAAACGACGACCGGACACACUGAUCCUCGUCGGCGAAGCACUGAACCAAUCUACAAGAGCACUCUCACUGCAGAAGACAAGAAGUUCCUUUGCGAGAACGACAUCACACUCUCCAUCAGUCCUACAAACGUCACAGAUUCGAGCAGAUAUCCUACUAGGAUGUGCAGACCUGUUCACACUACUGGAGGAGGACGUUGGACAACAACGAACAUUACCCUCAGGAUUAAAGAUACUCCCAUCCAAGCUAGGAUACCUCGUCAUUGGGAAGGUAGCAAUAUCGAAUAACAACGAACCAGUUGCAGUCAGCAAAGCGGAGAGCGCGGCAAGCAGCGGUACGGAACUCAACCUUCUGCUUCAGAACAAGUCGCACACAGCAGAUGAAAUUAGCGCCAAGACGGUAGCUGAUCACAUACUCAUCGAAUGUGCGAAGCAGGACACGCAAAUGGCAACGUCAACAACUAUAGCCACCACUCACCGACGCUCACUGAGACUGUCAGUCCAUGAUGUGUUGCUAAACAACACACCCUUACAAGACGAAGGUGCCAUGGACUCAGAAGCCGAUUGUGCCACUCGAGGCCUACAGAAUGAAGAGCUGUCCCAACAUUUCUGGUGGAAUGGACCUGACUUCAUUAGCACGCCACUGGAAGAAUGGAACGACGAUUGCAGACUUUUCUCAAUACCAGACGAGGAAAUGGAAGUGAACAAUUGCGUCGUCACAGUCUGCAAAACUUUGGACUCAACAUCCAGCAGAUCUACUGUGCUGGAAAAGAUACAAGAAGUCUGUCAUCAUGUCAAACUUCAAUUGCGUUAUGUACUCCGCUUCAUCAAAGGAAUCAGCUCUCGGGUUGACAAAAAUCUUCGUGCUCGAAUCGAGCAGCACAUUCCGGAGCUUUCCCAAAUGACAACGGAGCCUUACGUAACAGCGAACGAAAGAGAGAUGGCAUUGAGAGCGUUGAUCAGGAAUCACCAACAAGUUCAUGUCCAAGAUUCAAGGAGAAACGUUCUGAAACAACUCAAACUGCAAGCUGAUAGCCAUGGUAUUCUUCGAUGCAGAGGACGUUUGGACAAGACGAGCUUAGAACUAUGA